CGCGUAAUAAGGGCUCAAAUAACUAAUUACGCCCAAGAUCGCCCAAGAAAUCCUGAAGGAAACUACCACAUGCAAGGGAAACAUCUGCAAUCAGUGAAAGCUGAAAAGGACCUUGGAGUGACAAUUGACUGCCAACUGAAAUUUCAUCAACAUGUAUCAUCAGCGGUCAGUAAGGGGUACCAACUACUGGGAAUAAUGAAAAGAACUUUCUCGAAACUGGAUAAGACAACACUACCUAUUCUAUUCAAGACCCUAAUUAGACCACACCUUGAAUAUGGGAGUUUUCUUUGGCAUAGCAGAUAUAAAGAAGAUGCAAAGAAAAUCGAAAGAGUGCAAAGAAGAGCUACCAAAUUGGUUCGAGAAAUCAAGGACCUCCCAUAUCAAGAACGACUUAAAUACAUGAACAUGUACUCUCUGUUCUACAGAAGAAGAAGAGGAGACAUGAUCGCAGUCCACCAGAUCAUGCACGGACUAGUUGACAUUCCACAAGAUCAUUUCUUCUCCCAACCUGCAAGUAGAAGCAGAUCCACGAGAGGGCACUGUCUCAAGAUCCAGAAAGAACACUGCAGACUGGAUGUUAGAAAUUUCGAUAACAGCAUAAAAGAUGGCGAACCGUAGCUACAACAAUACUACUCAACAAGCUGUCUCGAACCAGGGAGUUGGGAUUGGGACUCCCCACUCGAACAAUGUCAAUGGCAACAACACCACAUAUCAUCGUGGUUGCGUCUCCAAGGGCUUUCAGGUGACAGGUAUAAUGCACAUUGUGGCUGGAGCUUUGUGCAUAGUGCUUGGUAUUGCAGCCAUCAUUCUCCAAGCCUAUAUUUCAUACCUGGCUAUGCCCAUUUGGGGAGGUUUACUGAUCUUCAUAGCAACUGGCACAAUCGGUGUUGCUAACUUCUACAAGCCUAAAAGCAAGAAAAUUGUAAUAGCCUACCUUGUGAUGUCCACCAUUUCUGCAUUUUUCGCUUUCAUGAUGAUGGUAACAUUUGGGAUUUUUGUUGCACAAGAUGACAAUUAUUAUGAGAGCUUUAUUUGUUAUCCCCUUCCAAGGACCCACUGCGAGAGCCCAUCGUGGUCUCGCAUUCUCGUCAACUCUGUCUUGAUCUUGGUCUUCCUUCUGGAGAUAGCUUGCGGAGUGACAUCGGCCUCUAUGUCCUGCUACAAGGCAUGUAUGUGCUGCCGACGUUGCUGCAAACUGUGCAAAGAUGAGCCAGGAAACUCAAAUAUGGUCUACUUUGCCGCCAAUAUGGGAGGUGUACCUAUGAUGACAGUGCCCAAUACACAGUGUUCAAGACCAAUCUACAUUGCAGGUGGUACGUCAGGCAAUGCUACCCAGCCUGGUCAAUUGAUGUAUCUGGCACCAAGCCCUCAGCCUCAAUCUUAUGUAGCUAUGCCAGCAGGGACCCAACAGAACCAAACUAUCCCACAAUUGCCACCACCCCCGCAGUAUCAACAAAACCCACAACUGCAGCAACAGUUCAUACAACCGCAGCCUGCAGGAAUGGUCCAGCAGCUGAGUGGCCUUCCAGCGGGACAAGCUGGCUUCGUCCAGGUCCAAGGCCCAGGGCAGAUGCAGCCUCAAGGUCUUGCUCAAACCCAGCCAGCCACAGAACAGCAACCACCUCAACAGCCACAACCAGCAGGCAUGGUCCAGCAGCCUAGUGGCCCUCAACCAGGACAAGCAGGCUUCUUCCCGGUCCAGGCCCCGGGGCAGAUGCAGCCUCAAGGUCUUGGUCCAUCCCAGGUAGUCCAACAACCACAACCAGCAGGAAUGGUCCAGCAGCUAAGUGGUUCUCCACAAGUUGGCUACUUCCAGGUGCAAGGACCUGGAGGACAGAUCCAGAUGAUCCCUGCCCAAGCACUCUACCCACAGGUCAUGAUGGCGCCAGCUCCUCAGCAACUUGCACCAACUCCGCAACCUGUACUGACUCAGCAGCCUGGACCCGCUCAGCAGCAAGUCCAGCAGACAACAGCGCCCUCUAAGCCAGCUGAAGACCAAGCUAAGGAAGAAGUCAGCGAACCAAGCGAGUUGCCUUCUGGUCAAGUCACUUCUGGCCAGUUCAGUGACCAGGCUGCACUCAUCUAAGCUUAACAAUGAAAGUUCAUCUAUCUUCAACUUACUAAUAGUCUUUGUAAUCAACAGUCCUGACAGAUGCUCCAUUUUAAUUUCAUUGUAGAGAAAUAUCAAUACACACAAGAUGUAAUUACAAAGUAUCUCCACGUUAUACAUUAGUUGUAAAUCUAAAGAACAAUCUGACAUUCUUGUUAAAUGAUUUAACUAAAAUGAUCCAAUAUCUUUGAGUACCGGGUAGGUGACUAGGUGGACCCUCUCAAAGAUAUUCAGUGUUGUCACUGUUAGUAGUACCGGCUGGAGUUUGGUCCUCAUCAGCAAGUUAUAUGUAAAGCAAAUAUGACUCUUUUUCUUAAAAAGUAGUUUUUAUUCAAAUCAGUAAAGCAUUUGAAAUUAGUGUUAUGAUACUAGCCAAAAUUAUUUUAAGAUAUGUACAUGUAUUUUACUUUUUUAUAUUAAAGCUAAGGUUGUACUGGUAAUUUGAAAUAUCUAUGUUAAAGUACUAUGUUAUGACUCAGAGUCGAAUUGAUAGUUUGGGAUUGUACAUGUAAAUACUAAUUUGUAUAUUAUGUAUGCAUACAUGCAAUUCUUAUACCAUAUUACAUAUAAUCAUAGAAAAAAUUUCACUGUACAAAUUGAAUCUCUAUUAAUUCAAAUUUCAUUGUAAAUGUGCCUAUAGGUGUUUUACUUUAAAGCGU